AUGUCUCUCCCGUCGGGUGUCGACAUGUCAGCUCUCAUGUCCCAGCACGCCGUGUUCCCGCCUGCCUUCUUUUUGCGGGCCAGCGAGCGCUACCAGAGGACGCCCAAGUGCGCUAGGUGCAGAAACCAUGGAGUCGUAAGCGCCCUCAAAGGACACAAGCGCUACUGCCGCUGGCGGGACUGUUCUUGCGCCAAGUGUACCCUCAUCGCCGAGAGGCAGCGGGUGAUGGCCGCCCAGGUGGCUCUUCGCCGCCAGCAGGCUCAGGAAGAAAGCGAGGCCAGGGAGCUCGGCCUAGUCUACACCAGCGAACCCCCGCUACUGCCGCCCCCGAGUCUUCCAGCGAUGCGGCUGAGAGAGGCGCUGGGAUCUCUUGGAGUCUUGCCUUAUCUUCCACAAGUAGGGGAAAGGGCCCGACUCGGAGCUCCCUCGGCUGACUGUAAAUAUUGUAAAUAA